GCUGAGCGGGGCACUCCUGUGGGCGGGAAACAAUUGCCUGACGCUCCAACGCCAUAUCUUUGAGACAUGCACUGGGUCUCCCAGUGCAGGUGCCAGCUUGCAAGACUGUUCGCUGCGCGCCUUCGCGUCUCCCACCUGCUCCCACUGCCGGCUGCUCCCAGCACUUCACUCUAAAGACAAACUCCCGCCGCGUGGCUCCAUCAUUGGCAUUGAACCUGUAAAUGCAGUGAGCUCAAUGAAUCAGCCGCAAUGCUUUUGCGCGGUCGGCAAUCGCGAAAGCUUGCGAAUCGCCGUGUCAGGGACUUGACAUGACCGCAACACGACCGUACCCUCAUCGGUGCCCUAUAAAACAGGAUUAGCUUCUCGCGCACUGUUAUAUACUCAUACUCAUACUGAGAAGCCGCGUAAGAUACCACUGUUAUCGCGUUAUCGGCGGUGUCGAGUUCCUGUGUUGCUCCAUCCUCCAUCGCAUCCACAACGUCGCGGCGAGAUGGCUGAUGGGGCCUGGGAUGAGCUCAACGACGAAGACUUCCAACACGAAGGAGCGGUUGGCGAUGCGGCUGGGGCCAACGUUGGGGGCGCACCGGAAGGCGUUGCAGCGGAAGGCGCCGCAGCGGCAGCAGAAGGCUUCGCAGCGGAUGCCGCAGCGGAUGCCGCUGGGAACGUCCCGGCUCCCCUGGAUGCUGCGGCCCUUCGAUUACUCAUUCAGCAGGCUGCAGCUGCUGUUGCUGCUGCACACGCCAACGGUGCAAUUGUCAUCCCGCCGCUAGCUCCCGCUGUGAUGGCACCUGCGGCGGCUCCGCGCUGCAUCAACCACCAGUGCGAGUCGUGUCACUUUCAACGGGUGGUGCAUGCUUGGAUGGUGUGGAGCCUGCCGUGGCUGGCCGCGGCGGUGCUGGGGGGCGGUAUGCGCUGUGUCGGGGACGACUGAGCUGGGCGGAAUGAGAUGCGUCCAGACGCUGUGUUGAGUGGCUGCUUUGACGCGGCAUACCAUGUCUCAAAGCUGCGGCGGGCAUACCAUAGCACCUCUCCCGCAUCGUGACAACAAGACUGUGACUCUGCAGUACUGGUCUGGUGAGCUGUGAGGGCUUUCCACGCCGAGUGGCAUUGGCCUCAUCCCUUCCUGAAGUUUUCUUGUCUUGAAUGCAGUGUUUUUGUGGGCCUUGUUGGUUGCGACCGGUAUCAUGGGGAAGCAGCGUGAGCUUGGGGAGGAAAGCUAAUCAACAGCUAAAAGGUACAAUGCACAAUUGUGUCACUCGAGGAGGGUCCAGGUGGCCACACAUGUAACUCAGGGACCAG